UUAUAUUUCGAGGUGCACGCCGCGUAGGACUUGCAUAUAGCCUUCUGAUUCGACUGUGUGCUCGCGUCGUCUAGCAGCCAAUAUCAGCAGAGCUCCGUUGUAGCAAUGACGCAUCCCUCUUCUCCAUCUCAUAUCUGACUUUUCACGGUCAAUCACUGCAGUACGCUUGAGUCCGAAUCAGUUCAAUGGGAAAGGUCAGAGUUUCCAACCAUCGAUAGCUUCGGGGAGCAUGAAGACCACACGCUGUACACACCACUGUCCGGUUCGUAAAUCCGGCUCAUCAAGUUGCAGCUUGACGACGGUAGAGGCGCGCUACAUUGCUCUCUCCACGUCUUCGAGGUGCAACACCAGCUCGAGUGCAUCGCUUUGUCAUACGUGUGGGGUGACAGCAACGCCACGGAAGUGUGCGGUUGGUUGGCAUCGUUCGACGAACAGGCUGACGUGGAUAUCGUUCGGUUGUUCACAUUAGCCAACAUGCAUGGUUGGGACGAGCUUGUGAGAACAAGCAUCGAGUAUUCCGUUUCUGAGUUUUGGUCGAUCUGGGGACCACCAUCGGACAAUCGGGGACAUUCCUGGAUCCAAGCUUUGAAUCUCUCGCCAUGGUGGAGUAGAGUUUGGGUCGUUCAAGAAAUAGCCUUAGCGAAGAAAAUCCCAGUUAUACUCGCUGGAACUCGUAUGACUCAACUCUCACAUCUGAUCGGAGUGGAAUAUUGGUUUCGGCAUCAUGACAUGCUAGAAAUGAACUGUUCUCUGACCGCAAUGUACCACUUUCUAUGGUCGAAAUUCAGAGCAGGACGAUAUGAUGGGCUAUCAAACGCAGAACGACUCUCAUCUAUAUUCCGAAGCAUUGGUCUCAGAGAUGCUUUCUUGUCACAAGACUUUAUUUGUGGCCUCUUAGGCCUUGCCUUCCGAGGUCUAAUUCCUGAUCAUUUGCAAAUCAAUUAUGCAAAAGACUUCGAGGUUAUAUAUCGAGAUGUGGCAGACUUACGAGGAACUUACUAUGUUAGCAUAAUGAAUGAGAAUGCAUGAGUGAAUAAACAUGUGAAAGACAAACUAGACUAUUUGAAAUAAUCAUCUGGCCAUAGCUUAUUGUAAAUGUACAGAAGUGUCAACACUGAAC